AUGGAUACCGAACUGCCAUUGGCUAUCAACUAUAAGGGAAUCGUCAAAAUAGUGGCUAUUAUUGCGCUAGCCCUGCCAACUCUAGUAUUGGUAUUCCGAAUUAGCUGCCUAUUCUUUCGCGGCAGCUUACAAACGCCAUUCACUAGAAUUUGCUAUUGUGCGGUGGUUACGGACAUGUUCAGCUUCUUCUUGGAUCUGGUAGCGUGGGACCUAGCCAGCGCCGGGAUUUUCCCAUUUUAUGCGGGUCUCGAGCGCGGGUUCCUGCCCGUGGCCUUGAAUCUGGGCCAGACGUGGGCUCGCAAUUUUGAAUUUUGUUGUAUGGCCUUGGUGGCGUCGAAUCGGUAUACGGCGUUGUAUUGGAUGGGCGCUAGAGGGGAUGGGUUCUGGCGAACGGCUUUGGUGCCACUUUUGGUUGGCAGCCAGCUACUCUCCGUGUCUUUUGCCGUAAUUUAUUCGAUAGCUGGGGCCUACUAUUUUGCGGCUGCCCGCUAUACGUGGUAUUUGGCGGCCGGCUUGAACAGAUUUCCUGGAUUGAGCUCCGGAAUCUGGUGUCUCGGCAUGAACUGCAUCGUCGUCACCAUUGCGCUAGUUUUUAAUGGGCUCGUGGUUCGGAAGCUGUUUCAGAUCCGCGGAGCGCGCAAACGCGAUAACGUCAAAGUUAUUUCCAGGGCCGAGCGAAAGUUGUGCUUCGUCAGCUUAUAUUCAUACCUCUUCGUGUUGAUUUACAUUGGCUCUCAGUGCUGCAACACGUGGCUGGAAGAAAAGGACAAGGACUUGACCCAUUUCCUGGCCCCGCUGAGCUCGCAGCUGCUCUGUCUGAGCACCGUGUGGAUUUGCGGGCAAAUUGGCGAUGGGGAUACGAGUGGGUCACGCACUGUCGCUGUUCUGACUUUAAAUGAAAGGUCUAGGAAA